GCAUUUCGGCUACGUGAAGGGUGUUUCAUGUCUAAUAUCUUUGUUUAGGCCUAUAUUUGGAAAAUGCUUUAAUUAACAUGACGGGACACAUGUUUUGACAGAGAAUAAUCUUGGGGCAAAACGGGAUUUGAGCUUUAAAACGAUGUAAAGAUUGAUUGCACAUGGUGCACCCGUUUACGUAAUUUAGAUAAUUAUUUAGGACUACUGUAUGUUGCCUGUCAUCCAAAGCACAAGACAAAGUGAAACUAAAAACACCACAAAACAUUUUGGUUGAACUGAAAGGGAAAACACCUAGGAAAUUCCCUAACUAGUUGUUUAGAACAGUCCCAAAAACGGAUCCGAAGUCGGUUGUCUCAUUACAUCUCUGAAAGGAUGCUUAACAUAAUCGAAAGUAGCAAACAGAUUCUAGACCCUUUUAUCAAUAUCUAGAAAUUCGUACACAUGCGUCAUAGAACGGAAAUUUGGCAGUGCUUGAUUUAAUUUGUGGCCUAUUGUAAUUCUGACACGUCUCAGAGAUGUUUGAUACAUAUUUCGGAGCCAGCAAUGAUACACAGUAAUAAAGAACAGGCUGAAUUAUCAGACAAACGUUUGAGACUGCAGUCCCCCGCUCUUAGUCGGCGUCUGUCGGCCUCGGUGGUGGAGCGGGUGUCCAGAAGCCUGAGGAGCUCCGGUACCAUCACAGAGAUGGAGAGGCAGGUGAUUAUGUCGCAGCCCACAGUCAUGCAGAAAUCCACGAAGCUGAUGCAGAUAGUCAUCAGCAAGGGAUGCAACGCCUGUGAGCUCUUCUACAGCUCUUUGGAUAUGUGUGGCUCCCUCAUCUUCGAAGGCCCAGAUCCAGUUUGCCUCUCUCCUCCAGCUCAUCUCUCAUUGGAAAACUCUCCAGUCCCAGAGAGAGAUGACCCUACCCCCACCUACAUCAUCAACAUCCAGAACUCCACCCUGAACCACUGCAUCAUCGGAAGCGGGAACCACCAGGAUGUGUUGGUAGAACAGCAGCCCCUGCUGGGUCCCGUUCCUGGGCUUGCCCCUGGGUGCAAUUGCAGCUGUGGCCACCAGAUAGUGGUGCAGACUACACAACCAGAGUCACAGGGAGUCGAGGUGCAGAGCUGUAGCGUGCAGUAUGUCAUCAUUGGAGAUGACAACACCAUGGAGGUCAACCACACUCAGUCACCCGCCGAGGAGGACUCGGACAUACCUGAGGACUGAUUACUGCGGUGUGGGUGACUAAGGUUGGAACAAUAUAUUGUUCAUAUAGCCAUAUUAUGUUGUCAAUCAUGUCACCACAGCAUUGAAACAGCACUUGCCACGAUAAUUAAUGACUUAAUUGGCCUCAGAUGCAGGCUCUAUCUCUGUCCUGGUUCUCCUGGACCUGAGUGCAGCAUUCGACACUGUUGAUCAUAACAUUUUCCUGGAGCGUAUUGAGAACUAUGUGGGGAUAGAUUGUAUCCAUCUGACAGAUCACAAUGUGUCUGGUAUGAUGGCCGUUCAUCAAGGAGCUCCAUUGUAGAAUUUGGAUUACCACAGGGUUCUGUCUUAGGCCUUCUGUUUAGUUUUUUUGCUCUACAUGCUGCCUCUAGGAAACAUAAUUCGAAGCUCUGGAGAAGGCUGCUGCACAGAUGACACUCGAUUAUACAUGUUGCUGAAACCUGGACAACUACCACCCACUCUUGAAACAUGUGUCUCUGCGAUAAGAACAUGGAUGACAGCCGAUUUCCAACUUCUAAACUCGGAUGAAACAGGUGCUAAUUGUAGGACCUAAAAGACGGACUAGAACCAGAAAACUGAUUUCAUAGUCUUAGUACUAACCAACAUAUCAAUCCAUGGACUUACCCAUUGGGUAUCCUCGCACCCUAUCAACCAAUGAGGACACUACGAUCCCAAAACGUUGGUUUUUUGGUAGUUCCCAAAAUAAAAUAAAAACUACGGAGCCCAGGGCAUUUUUAUAUAGAGCUCAUCUUCUCUGGAACAGACUUCCUACUUUAAAUAAGGAGACUGACACCAUUUUGACAUUUACAGCUAUAUUUAAAACCUUUUUGUUUGUUCAGUUUUGUUUUUUCAGAAGCUGAAGUGUGUUUUGUAUGUCUGUAUUUGCACUAUACAAAUGAGUUACCAAUAAAGCGAAGCUAAACUUGUUUGCAGUUGUGUGUCGCAGGCGAGCUGUGUAAGUGUGUGUUGCAUGGGUGUUAUGAUGAGUUACUGUGUUACAAGUUGAAUGUGGGGACAUGGUGUUGUACAGAGGAGGGAAUCCCUCACCAAAUUGCUCCUCCCAAAGUUUCUUACAUUUCUUUCUCAAAGAGUUUUCCUGGGAGGUUUUCCUUGUCUUCCUUGAGGGUUUAGGUUGGCUGAGGGGCAGUUCCAUGGGCGUAUGUGAAACCCUAUGUGACGUUUACAACAGUCACACUGUCCACUUAUGCAUCCUAGUGUCUCGCUGUCUUUGUGUGUGUGGCUGUGCUUGUGUCCUUUCUAGCCUAGCCCCCGUUCACAGUAUUCCCCUUGGGAAUCAAUAAAGUACUACUCUACUCUAUAUAUUUUGUAUAGGUAAUUCUACUGUACUCCAUAGAUCUUGUAGGUCAUUGUAUAAGUAUUUCAGUGAUAUUGAUAUAUCUGAAAAAAAUAAAUGUUUCCAUAAACUGUAUGGUAUUUAAAGAUAUUGAAGAAUGUUUAGUUGUGUUACAUCGCUUGUGUAAUGUAUUACUCU